AUGCUCGUUCUACUUGUGGCAUUUCUCUUUCCAAUUCUGGCUCAAGCUCAGGUACGUACCUCCCUCCCCCAACCUAUAUCUUUUUUUUCAAUAAUCCCCCUAUUUCAGCAAGUCAACGUGACCAUCUUCACCGAAUCGCAAUGCCCGUACUGCACGAAACUGCUGCGCGAGCAAAUCUGGCCAUUUUAUGUGAACCGACCCGGUAUUAUGAACUUGCAGGUACCUUAAAUGGAUGAAAACAUGUGAAAGUACAGAAAUCAAGAAGUUUUCCAGAUUAUACCGUUCGGAAAAGGAGAUUGUAGCUAUGAUUACAACCGGAACUUCCACUGCACUUGCAUGCACGGAGCCACCGAGUGCGAUCUGAACCGUCUGCAGAAUUGCGCCAUUUCGGUAGGUUCACGUGGUGGAGGGUACUAAGAAAUCAUGCAAAAGAGUUUUCCACUUGAUGGGACUCGAACUCGCGUCAAUCGAUCCGGGUAGGUUUACAAAUCCAAAACGUUAGCAUCUGCACCAGACGGGCAUCUCCGAUUGGGCCUCGUAAGGGCAAGGAUAAGCUUGGGUGCCGCGCCUGAAACUCGGACAUUUGAACAAUAUUCCAGUACUUUCCGCGUCGUCAUCUGGGCCUCGUAACCUGUAUCCAGGGCCUCGGGACCCUCCGCGAAGCCUUCUCCAAGUGCCUCAGCCGACUUUCGGCCAACACCCAAAGAAAACUGAUCGAAUGUGCCACGACGCAAACCGGCGAACUGCUCAACUACUACUCGAUGGUGAACACGCACCGAGCCGGUGUGCGAGUAAGUCGCGCCGCCAAGAGUACAGUAAUCGCGAGCCUCCCUUUAAGAUCUGGCCGACAAUGUACGUGAACGGCGUGUUCUUCGACCGCAGCUAUCCGGUGGAGCACAAACUUUGCGAGCAAUCCAACUGGUGCUAA